AUAGUUUGUCUCUCCGUACUGUCUGACUGCACACAUACCCACAGCACUGACGCGGCCCUCCGGUCAGAAACUCCUGUGAUUUCAGACGCACAAAACAUCCGAACUGGGCAGUAUACAAUCGCAGAAUAACUACACGGGGAUCGUCUAUGAAAGAGCGAGCACGCGCCGCACAUAGUGGUGCAAAUGUAAGGGAAUAUAUCUGCAGACCACAGCUGCCACACUGAUGACAGAGAGAGGGAAGUCAGUUAGCCAGCUAACCAGCCACAGCUAAACUCGACUACCAGACAGGUACAUGUGCGGAGAUCUGAACGGUUCAGCGAUAGCCUGCACCUCGAACAUCUGACCGGAGCCGGACGUCCUCUACAGAGAGUAACCGCAGACUGAACAGCCAUGAGGAGGGUGACACUGCACCGUGUUGCCCGGCUCGUCCUCGCAGCUCUGUGGCUGUUGGUGGACGAGUGUCGGGCUGAGACCGGGGCCCAGAGUCUGGCCGAGCGGGUCAUCUGGGCUGUCAACGCCGGCGGGGACGCGCACACGGACGUGCACGGUAUUCAUUAUAAAAAAGAUCCACUGGAAGGAAAAUUGGGCAAAGCAUCAGACUACGGUCUCCGUCUGCCAAUCCUGCGCUCCAGCCCGGAGGAUCAGGUUCUUUACCAGACAGAGCGAUACAACGAGGAUACAUUUGGUUAUGAAAUCCCUAUAAGAGAAGAAGGAGACUACAUACUGGUCAUGAAAUAUGCUGAGGUUUACUUUGCUCAGUCUCAACAAAAGGUUUUCGAUGUACGCUUAAAUGGCCACGUUGUGGUGAAGGAUCUGGAUAUCUUUGACCGUGUGGGUCACAGCACGGCUCAUGAUGAAAUAGUGCCAUUCUCAAUAAAAAGAGGAAAACUAAGUGUGCAUGGUGAAGUUUCCACUUUUAAUGGGAAACUCACCGUAGAGUUUGUUAAGGGUUACUAUGACAACCCCAAGAUAUGUGCACUAUAUGUGAUGAAGGGCAAGCUAGAGGAUGUGCCCAAGCUGCAGCCACAUCCCGGACUGGAAAAGAGAGAGGAAGAGGAGGAGGAAGAGGACGAUGGAGAGGGAGGAGAGAGUGAAAAGAAGAGUGCCUCCACCUCUCCCAAGAAUCCGGUUCGGUCUGGGCCACGCACCCCAAACCCGUACGCCGCUGACAACAGCAGCCUGAUGUUCCCUAUACUUGUGGCAUUCGGGGUCUUCAUCCCAACCCUCUUCUGCCUCUGCCGCCUGUGAGGGGAACAAGUGAACGAGAGGAGAAGCAGCGGACAUCAGGCUGUGGAGGGGAGGGGGGACUGGGCCGCACAGCCGUGGGGACAGGCAGAAAUAUAGACUGACGCUACAACAGAUAGAGAGAGCAAAAGGUGGGCGAGAGACAUGCAGAAAUUAGGAGGUUUCAGAUAUUGCUGGUUUUUGAAAUUGGUGACCCGGAAAAUUUUGAGCACGAGUUCAUUUUAUGUGUGUGUUUGUGCUUGUGCUUGUGCUUGUGUUCAUACACGUUUAAUACCAAUCUUAGUUUGAGGAGAUCCGAGCGGUUCUGAUUGAAUGCACUUACACACACAUCUGUGGCAGGACUAACCACUUCACAAACCUGGUUAGUCCUGUCUAGCAGGAGAUACUGAGGAGACACACCUAGAUCACGUGUCCCAACUCAUGGGAAGUUAUUGGCUAGGUGUAUAUUUCUGAUCAGCUGUGGCGUUGAUCUGCUGAUUUUCGGCCUCUAGUGGGAGGCAGAAAUGGGACAUGAUUUUUCAGAACAAGUUUGACCGUUUGAUCAUUUGGUUAAAGCAUCUAAAUCUCAGUGGCAAAUCAUAAAGUGUUUUUGUUGUAUUAAGUGAUUUGAGACCUCGGUUUCUAUUUACCUCACGUACACCCCCCCCCCCCCCCCUUACACUCAUACAAGCUUCUUUCAUUCCUUUCUUUGAUUUAAAAAGCAUCAAUAUUCAAAUUUGCCUGUUGACCUGCUUUCUCGUUCUUUAAUUUUCAGACCACAGCAACACUUCUUUGAACCUCUUAACUGCACAAGGGAGAUAUUAAUUAUUUUUUUCUCCAUUUACUGGGACUUUUUAGGUCUGCGUGUGCUCUAUAUUUUUUUAUAUAUAUUUUGAAAAAGCAUAAUGGUUUUUGUUUAGGUGGUAACAAGAGUUAACAAAAAGGGUAUUUAAUACACUGGCCUUUGAGUCCCAGAAACAAGAUUGUGUUGGACUGAAGUGUCAAAUACACUUAAUUUCUCCACUUUCAUUGAUGUAUGAUGUGUCUGGGAUUGCAUUAUAUUGGUUAAUCUAAGUAAUGGCAUUUUAAUUAACAUUGUAAGGGCUCGAUCACCUAUUACUUGGUGUAGAGAAGGAUAGUUGCUCAAUCCGCAUGCUCUUUCUCAUGACAUUUUGCCAUGUUUCCUUUUGAUUUAAUCAUACAGGCUGUUUUAAACAAUACCACCAAAGAUUCUUGGAUUUGUGUCACACACACAAUACCACCAGCAUGCAUGUGGUGGAAGAAUGAAAGAUACAUGUCUGCCAUAUACUGUGAAGUGUGGAUGCAAAAGAGUGAAUUUUCUCAAGGUGGCAAAUUUCAGUGCUGUCGUUUAGCUUGGACUUUUGUUAUUGCAUAAGUUGAGUGAACAUUUGCAUUCCACCUCAUCCAUCUUUUUCUCUGAAUGUUCUGUAACUGUUAUGCUAUUUGUUGUCUGUGUAUUUUCCUCUCUUUCCUUUCUUUUCCUCUUCAUUUGCUCUUUGAAUUGCUACUUUAUUUCAUUCCAGAAAGCCUGCCUUAAAAUGUGAUCUAGUGUGCUAUCAAGAGACCACCUCUCACACUGAUGAAACAUCAGACCACAAUCGAGUAUUCAUGCCGCUGUGCUGUCUGACGUGUGAGUGCUGCAGGUCCGUUUGUCCCCGUCUCUGUGAACUUAUUUUGGCCUUUACCUUCUCAAGGGAGUAAGAUGAUAGGGCAGGUUUUGCCUUUCUUUUUUCUUUUCUAAUAGAAAACAAUCAUAAAAACAUUGAGGCACCUUUUUCAUUUAUCAGAGUUGCAGAAAGUUGAUUGCUUAUUGUCGCCAAAGUUGUUUUCUUUUACACGGUGCAUGUGUAUAUAAGGUACUUGGUUUGUUGUGCCAUACGGUUAUUUCUCUCUUCAGAAUAUUGUUCUUUUUUGUGUGUGUGUGUAAUUGCUAUUGUUAUUGGGGUGGCUGGGUUUCUUAAUUUCUUGCCUAGUGGAGGAGUGGCCUUGAAAAUGGCUUUGGUUGUGGAUGUGGUCUAGAAAAGAUAGUGAUUUGAUUUGCAGCCACAUUGACCAUUUGGCAGAAAGAGCUUGGAGUGUUUUGAGUUUAGUUAAUUUACAGUUGGGGUUUAAUGUUGUGUAAUUUAAGCAAAAGGAAAUGGAAAUGGGUUGAAUCUUAAAAAUAAUGAAAGACUUUAUUUUCCAGAACUAAUUGUUUUAUUUCCUCAGGAUCUUUUGAAUGAUUUUUUUAUGAGUGUGAAUUGAUUGCACUGCCCGGUGUUGUUUUAAAAGCAUUUAGCUUGUGUGAUUAUUAUUUUUUUCUUUCUUUUUGUUAUGCCUUGUGUAAUUUUGAUUCCUUGUUGCCUUAAAUUGAAAUACAUCCCUCAUGUGCUUUAUCAUUUUGUGCUCUCUAAUCUUUUUCACCGUAUACUUUGAUUCAUUGCAUGAUUGAGUUUUUUCAUUGUUUUGUCAUCUGAAAAACAGUUGUUUAGUUUGUCCAGCACAAAUGCACAACUUUUGGACAAUAGCCAAAGACCACAUGGAGGCCUUUCAUCGUGUCCUCCUUCAUAAAGAGCUCAUGUGUAUUGCUCCAUGCCACAGAAACUGCUGCAUUUACGAGGGAUGUAGUUUCUCUGUUAGUGUUAGUCGUGUUCAGCUACCUGUCCCCUCCUCCCUCAGAACUGAAGAGAUCUUGGGAAUUGGUGAAACAGAAUUGGAACGGUUCGCACCCACACUGUCUUUAAUGAAGGUCUCUGAAGUGGGAACUGCAAAUUGAUGCUGUUUCUUUUUAAUAAAUGUGCUAUUUUAUCUAAA